UGGUCGGCGAUUUGUUUUGAUUAAUUAUCGAUUAAACGUCGUUGGGUCUAAACGCGGCACGCGCAACGGUUUCGAUUUGCGGAAAGACUUAAAAAGAUUACAAACGUCUCUUUUGUGAAUCUGUGGUUGGCAAAAAACAAAGUUGGGGCUAUUCAAGGCUAUUAGAGGCGCAGUAAGGAAGUCAAUUAUCGAUAUCACUCGCCUGCAACGUUAACAACAGCUACAACCACAUAAAAUUAGCUGCAACAGCAAUGAAAGGAAGACGAAACUCCAAAACAAUCCAGUGAUGCGAUGUGCGGACUUUGUUAACACAAGUUUUUCAUGUUCACGUAAUAACAGCAAUAACAGCCACAGCAGUAGUGAAGCAAGGUGCUCGACGUGAAACAUCCUCAUCAUCUGCACCGCCGUUCCUCUUCGGUCGCAAUAGCUGCUGCCUUGGAUGCCCAAAACUGACAGAGCCAUCCAACACCGCGGAGAGAAGUGGUAGAUGAACAACAGCUUUUGAACGGCAGCUAGGCCAAGUUGAAAAAGACCAAUAACCGCUGUCAGACGGGUUGCGCGCACAUCCAUUGCAGCGGUGAGUCGCAGCAGCAUACGGUGGAAACUACGCCAACAACUAGAGCAAUAACACAAGACACCGGUGAAUAGUGGUAGAGUAGUGUCUUCAUCAAAGUUUGGCUCAUCCAUCCCCCCUAAAUUUGAGAGCAGUUCCUCUAAGAGGCCGCGUCAGCAGUAGCUGCAGCUGCCGCAGAGGCACGAGAUAUCCGAGGCAGGUACAUAUCACCUUCACCAACAUCAUCAUCGUCAUCGCCAUCGCCAUCGCUACUGGAUCAUAGCGGCGCCCGCUAAAAAAUAAAAUAAUAAAUAUUGUUGAACAGGAAAAGAGCAGGCAGCGUUGUUGAAACAACAUUCCAUAACAUCCAAACGGGAGUUCAAUGAACGAGUUGGCUCUCUAAGCUAACAGGCAACCGGAAGCAACGCUAACUUCCCCUCUCCAAACCGGCUUGACUUUGGAAACUCCAACGGAAGCCUCACCACCACCCAUCCACUCCCUCUAACCAACACCAUCAUCCUUCGGAGAGCUCAAUGUAAAAUGAAAACAACGACACAAUGCAGUAUCUGGUCUCUUAUCGUCUUAUCAGCAGCAGCAACAGCAGUGUCUGUGGCCUCAGCUCAGGUGAUCGAAGGCAAUGCACCUCUUCGCCAUACACCAUCGCUGGCACCUGCGUUACAACUGACGGCCACCCCCACAACACCGUUACAAGCCUCUUCUACACAAGCCUAUGCGAGGGCAGCAAAUCAACCUCCUUGGUUGGACUACCAGCCACGCGACCCUAAGCAUACAGCUCGCAAUCUCUAUGCACCCUACCAAAGCUUCUCCAAGAAUGACGUGGCCAACUUUGCCAAUGUGGUGAUAAGACCAGAUGGCUCGGCGGUGCAGACUUUCGGCGCUUACCGCCAAGGCCGUGCAGACAUGCAGCUUCGUGCACAAGCGACUGCCGCUGUUAAUAGACGCUCCGACAAUGCCGAAGUGGAGAUUAUUAACGCGCCUGCAGUGGAGUUACCAGCCAGUCCUUUGAUAACCAUACCCAAGACCGUUGUGCCCGCCACAACGGCUACAAAUUUCACCGGACAAGGUCGUAAACGCAAUUAUCUCUAUAUUCCAUUGCAGCAAGAUCCCUCCCAGAACUAUCUUUUACAGCUCAAGCCGAAAGGAAAUGCCUCGCUCAACGAUUUAGGACCACCAGCGAGCAAUAUUUUACCAGUGGUGCCGGAAAUUGCAGAGGAUCCACAUUCAUUGGUGGACAAAACCGAACGCAGUGAUAGCUUCCCCGUAAGCCCAGCCACAUCCACCUCUACAGAUCGCUAUGACCGGGGAGAAGAGUCGAGUAGUCGUCGUGUGGGUUUUCAGUUUCCCAGUUACAGUCUGAGUCCCUCUAGCCCCUUCCAGCCGCAGGGCUAUCGGGAAGACAAUCCUGUUUUCGUGGAGCCUUCAGGUUUUGAGGAGUCCCCAGGCAUUCAAGAUAAACGCUUAACUCGGCAAUUGGUAUUCGAACCGGAUGCUUCGCCCACCUCCUACUCGUACGACUUCUCCGGCCUCGGAUCGAGUGCCAUACCGCACACUUUAAAUGCAGCGGUGGCAGCCGGUAAACAAUAUCGCGAUGAAGUGACAAAAUUCGGAGAUAUCAAUGGCCCCAUUACAGCUCUGCCGCAAAGACCUCAAAGGGGAAUUUUCUUUGGCGACACCGAGUUCAGAACGGGCUCCGUAGUUCGACCCUUUACAGCACAGAAAACCUUCAACGAUUUCAUUGGGUCUGCGGUGGAUCCCUCAAGUUCUCGCAAGAGUCGUUACUAUCCCUUCAAGUCUUCGCGCAGUCCUCGAGUGGUCUUUCCCACAAAUGACAAUGGCGCUUCGACUGGACCCAGCGGCACCGGCACCGGGGUCUAUUUCAACGACAACGUCGUGUUCCGCGAUCAAAAUUUUGGACUCAAUGAGCUGGCUUCGGUGCAGGAUGUGCGCAAUGAAUUUACUUUGCAGGAUCUGGACAGCACCUCCGAGAGCAAUGGCCUGAACGGAGCCCAAUCGGCCAGUACAUUCAAGGAAAAGGCUGACAUCACAAGCGAAUUGGAGUGUCAGCAUCGCGGUGGAUCCUGUGAGUUUUUCAUAGGCUGCUGGAUGACUGGCGGUCUAUUGCAGGGCACAUGCAAUGGCUUGUUGCGUGGCUGCUGUCAUCGGACAGCCAAGUCGGCCAACUUGCGUACCUCCGAAUACGUGGGCAACACCAUCGAUUUGACUGAUCUUCCGCAAAAGAACUAUGGACCUGUGAAAAACGAUCCCAGUUGCGGCAUAUCCUUGGCAAAGCAGACAGCCCAGAGGCGUAUAGUUGGUGGAGAUGAUGCUGGCUUUGGCUCAUUCCCCUGGCAGGCCUACAUUCGCAUUGGAUCAUCAAGAUGCGGUGGUUCCCUAAUAUCCCGCCGGCACGUGGUAACAGCUGGCCAUUGUGUAGCCAGAGCGACGCCACGUCAAGUUCAUGUCACCUUAGGCGAUUAUGUUAUCAAUUCGGCUGUGGAACCUCUGCCGGCCUAUACGUUUGGUGUGCGUCGCAUUGAUGUGCAUCCCUACUUUAAGUUCACACCACAAGCGGAUCGUUUUGAUGUCUCUGUGUUGACUUUGGAGAGGGCGGUGCACUUUAUGCCUCAUAUAGCUCCCAUAUGUUUACCCGAAAAGAAUGAAGAUUUUCUUGGCAAAUUUGGUUGGGCAGCGGGUUGGGGUGCCCUAAAUCCAGGAUCGCGUUUAAGACCCAAGACCCUGCAGGCUGUCGAUGUUCCCGUCAUUGAAAACAGAAUAUGUGAAAGAUGGCAUCGCCAAAAUGGCAUAAAUGUUGUGAUAUAUCCCGAGAUGAUGUGUGCCGGCUAUCGAAAUGGUGGCAAAGAUUCUUGUCAGGGAGAUUCCGGCGGUCCACUCAUGCAUGAAAAGAACGGACGUUGGCAUUUGAUAGGUGUGGUAUCGGCUGGCUACUCUUGUGCUUCCCGUGGUCAGCCUGGCAUUUACCAUCGCGUGCCCUACACAGUCGAUUGGAUAUCCUAUGUUGUCGGUCUAACGGGGAACAUCUAAUCACCUUCUACUUUUGCCACCUACCUUCAUCGAUUAAUUCAACUCUAUUGUAAAUAGUGGCUAAUAAUGAUUCGCAUGGAAUCCAUGGACUAUAUACUACCUACAGCCGCAAGCUUUAGUGGCUUAAGUGCCCCUGCAGGCCCUACGCUUAGGUUUCUCAUUAAUGUUAGAAUGUAUGUUUUAUCUAAUUUAAGUUCAGCCUUCCCCUCCCUCCUGCUACCACCAUUAAGCAUUAAGUUUAUUGUAUUUAUUAACCAUCCAAAACAUGCAGUUUUCUGUUAUAACCUACCAAAUGUAGGUUGUGCAACAGGCUUAAAUCGAGUUAUUAAAUUAAGUGUAAAGAAAUUAAAAAAAGAAACUUUUAU